CAUCCUAUUAUCAACCAUUUCUUCUCCACCACUCUCCACUAUUUUCCACAAAUUUCAGUACACAAAGAAGGAAAGAAAGCAAAUCUUCCAUAGCCAAAAACUUAAAGAUGAGUCGACAAGUUGGAGUGCUAAACGCACUCGAUCUUGCAAAAACCCAAUGGUACCAUUUCACUGCAAUCAUCAUCGCUGGAAUGGGUUUCUUCACCGACGCUUACGAUCUCUUCUGUAUCUCCAUCGUCACUAAACUCCUCGGCCGAAUCUAUUACCAUAUUCCAAAUUCCCCCAAACCCGGCUCCCUCCCUCCCAACAUCGCUGCCGCCGUCAACGGCGUCGCCUUCUGCGGCACCCUUUCCGGCCAACUCUUCUUCGGCUGGCUCGGCGACAAGCUCGGCCGUAAAAAAGUCUACGGCAUUACCCUCAUUCUCAUGGUCGUUUGCUCCAUCGCCUCCGGCCUCUCCUUCAGCCACUCCUCAAAAUCCGUAAUUGCCACACUUUGUUUCUUUCGUUUCUGGCUCGGCUUUGGCAUUGGCGGCGACUACCCUCUCUCCGCCACCAUCAUGUCCGAAUACGCCAACAAAAAAACCCGCGGCGCAUUCAUCGCCGCUGUCUUUGCAAUGCAAGGGUUUGGAAUCUUAGGUGGAGGAAUCGUCGCUUUAAUCGUCUCUGCCGCUUUCAACAACCGCUUCCCAGCACCACCGUACAUGGACAAUCCCAACCGCCCCACCAUACCGGAGGCCGAUUAUGUAUGGCGAAUCGUUCUAAUGUUCGGCGCAAUUCCGGCCGCAUUAACAUAUUACUGGCGGAUGAAAAUGCCGGAGACGGCGAGAUACACUGCCUUAGUUGCUCAAAACGCAAAACAAGCAGCGGCGGAUAUGUCGAGAGUGCUGCAAGUUGAUCUCGAAUUAAACGACCACGAAAAGAAUUUCACGACAGAAUCACAUGAAAUUAAUCAAAACCGUUUCGGUUUAUUCUCACGCGAAUUCGCCAAACGCCAUGGACUCCAUUUAUUAGGGACCACCACCACAUGGUUUCUUUUAGACAUAGCCUUUUACAGUCAAAACCUCUUCCAGAAAGACAUUUUUACCGCCAUUGAAUGGCUUCCAUCGGCGGCGACAAUGAGCGAAUUAGAAGAAUGUUUCAAAAUCGCAAAAGCUCAGACAUUAAUCGCACUAUGCGGGACAGUUCCCGGUUACUGGUUCACGGUGGCGCUAAUUGAUUACUUGGGAAGAUUUUUCAUUCAAUUGAUGGGAUUUAUAAUGAUGACGAUCUUCAUGUUUGCUCUGGCGUUUCCUUACAAUCAUUGGAAGGAGAAGCCUCACAGAAUUGGGUUUGUUGUAAUGUAUUCGUUGACAUUUUUCUUUGCCAAUUUUGGGCCGAAUUCGACGACGUUUAUAGUGCCGGCGGAGAUAUUUCCGGCUAGGUUGAGGUCGACUUGUCAUGGGAUAUCGGCGGCGGCGGGGAAAGCAGGGGCGAUAGUGGGGGCGUUUGGGUUUUUGUAUGCGGCGCAGAGUAAGGAUCCGAAAUUGACGGAUCCGGGUUACCCGACGGGGAUCGGAGUAAAGAAUGCUUUGAUUUUGUUGGGAUGUGUGAAUUUUUGUGGAGCAUUGUUUACUUUGUUGGUGCCGGAAUCCAAAGGAAAGUCGUUGGAGGAGCUGACUGGGGAGAAUGAAGACGAGAACAUGAAUGGAAAUACAAAUAUAGUUAGGGAUGUAAAUGUUUAAUUGGGGAUUUUUGUACUGUAUAAAUAAUAAUGAAUAGAGAUUAUGAUGGAUUGUAAUAUACACAAAUGGGGGUGGUGUGUUAAGCUUAAAUCAAUCAGGUUGGUUUCGAUUUUA